UAUAAACGGAAAGUUUUACUCUUUGUUCUCAACAAAGCAACAAAUUUUCUUCCGAACCUUCUAAACUUAACAACUCUCUCUUCCUUUUCUCUUUCUUGAAUUUUUAUUUCUUAUUAUUGAAUUUAGCCUUGUUUUGUUGAAGUUCUUCGUUCUUGAUCCUUGAUUUUUGACUCUUUUUUGCCCUCUCUAUAGUUAGCUUCACUUUUAGUUCAGUUGUGACUUUCUGUUAAAAAGCUUUGAUGAAAUUACUCGAAGUUUUGACCAGUUUUCCAAUCUUCUAAUUGUGGACCAGUAACUAUUAGGAUAUGGGAUGUCUGGUGUCUACCCCACAGGAUUCAGGUGGAAAUCGAAGGAGACCGGGGAGUAUAGGGGAAGUUUCUGUUUAUGUACCUGGUUUUCGGAUACCAAAGCCCGUUGAUUUCUCUCUGUCACUUGGUGAUCAAUUGCCUAAGAAUUUAAUGGAACGCCUGUCUGCUUUGAGAACUCGUGUUGUUGUUAUGGCUGGCCAAGAAGCACCAACAGUUUCACGAACAAGGAGAAAAAGUGCUACACAACAUGGAGGUUCAACAUUGGCCAAUCUUCACCAGGCUCUUCAAGACUACUUGCCUGUUCUGUUGGGAUUAGUUAAAGAUGGAAGCCAGCUACAACACAAUGUGCAAUUUGUGUGGAUGAAUCAAGAAGAUGAAGCAGAGGAAACAGCCAUUUCUAAUGCAUGGUAUGAGGUGUUGUCAGUUUUGCAUAUGAUGGCGAUGCUAUCAUUAUCACAGGCCAACUUGUUACUUCUUCCAAGAACAUCUGCUGAUGGUUAUCAGCCAAAAGUAUCGGAAGAGAAUAGGCGAGCAUCAGUUGAUAUUUUCUUGAAGGCUGCAGGGUAUCUGGAUUGUGCUGUUCGGCAUGUGCUCCCACAAUUUCCUACUUCACUAAGGGAAGAUUUACCAGUGGACCUUGCAGAAGGUGUUCUUAGAGCACUUUGCCUUCAAGCAUUGGGACAGGGUGUUGAUAUCCAAUUAGGAAUGGCAAUCGAUAGUGCCAAAGCUACUCUUGCAGUGAAGCGAAGGCUUGCUUGUGAGAUGGUAAAGUACUGGCAGCAGGCUCAAGAUAAUAUAAUGAACCUUCCAUUAGCAAAUAGUUGGGGGGAAAAGCACCGGCUCUUCAUAAAGUGGAAAUAUGUGGAGGCAAAGGCUGCAGCAUACUAUUAUCAUGGUUUAAUCCUUGAUGAAGGGAACACAGAAAAGUCUCAUGGGAUGGCUGUAGCUGCUUUGCAAGCUGCAGAUGAAUAUUUUAAAGAAAGUAAACGAUCAUGUGAGGCAUUCAAUGCAGCUUCUCCUUUGUCAAGAAACCCACCGCUUUGGGGAACCAUGAAGUACCUCUCUGAGAAAAUUCCAAAAGAUACUUCUAGCAAGGUGCGGAUAAACCGUGAUCUAUAUUCCCAUGAAAAAAUCAUGGAGACAGCACCAACAUUGCCUGAUUUUUCUUUGGCGCUGAAACCAGAUGAAUUUCAGCUCCCUGAUGUGGUCCUUUCCUGGAAUGAGGAGAAUGUUGGUGUUGGACAAGCCAGUUCGAACCACCUGAAGGGUGAGCGAAGAUAGGUCAUACUGCAUUUUCAGAAAAAGAUACACAUGGGGCCAAAAAUUUGUUUUGAGACGUGGGAUUGGCAAGUCAACCAGAGAACCAUUCUUUGAUUGUGUGCCAAAACUUCCUUUUAGCACCUGGUGUUCCAGCCUCUUCUGAUUUUUUCCCUUCUGCGUCUCUUCUCCCUUUGUCAAGACCUGUAAGUGAUCCGUGUCAUCGACCUCUGUACAAGUUCUUGUUGUGUGUAAAUUAGAUACUGCUUGAAAAGUGUUGAUGUUUCUUUACCAACAAUGACGUUCUCUUCAUUGAUCUUGAAAUUGUCUAGUUUGAUA